AUGGCCUGUUGCUAUUCUCUCUUCCCUCGGCCCUCCAAUACAAAUUAUCGAGCAACAGGCUGCUUGUUAUAUUUCUUGAUUCUUGCUGCACUUGCCGCUGUGCGUGCUGGGGGUAAUUUCGAUUUUAGGCAUAGCAAUGUUAGUUCGCGAGCAUUGGACGCAACAUGCCCUACUCGGAAUUUCACAGACAUUAAACUGGAAUACAUUCAGUACCCGGUCUGCGUUGAACCGCGAUGGGUAAGCAUUGGCAAGGCUGAGGAUUACUAUGCGCCGCAACCAUCUGGUGCAGCAGAUACUUAUAAGUCGAUUACGUCUGGAACCUUUCCCUCUCCUUCCGCGACAGUAACAGCGACUGCAUCAGUAUCUGCUGAAUUAGACCAUGAGCUAGAUACGGAAUCGCCUCUUGAUAAUGUGAAUUUCCUUUCCUUUGAAGAAUGGAAGAAGCAGAAUUUGGCCAAAGUUGGCCAAUCCGCGGAGCUUGUGGACGGACAUCGCCAUGCUGCAGGAUCCGAGAAUGGACGUCAGCGCCCUACAGGCAUUGACAAUUCUUUGGACUCCUUCGGCGAGGAUGGAGAGAUUGAAUUAGACUUUGGGGGAUUUGCGCCUGAAAAUUCAGGACCUGCAUCCUGGGAACGGAAGGUGGGGAAUGAACACCCAUCACGGCUUAAAGAUAGCGCCGGUGCUGCUACGGGAGGAGCAAAAGGCGCAACGCAAACUAAUGCCGCUCCUCGUGGAACUGUGUCUCGAAGGAAGGAUGCGGGGACUACGUGCAAGGAGAGAUUUAAUUACGCAUCAUUUGAUUGUGCUGCUACCAUUCUCAAGACUAAUCCGCAGUGUACCGGGGCCUCGUCCGUCCUAAUCGAAAAUAAGGACAGUUACAUGCUUAACGAGUGUCGGGCUAAAGAUAAAUUUCUUAUACUCGAGCUUUGUGAUGACAUUUUGAUCGAUACUAUCGUUCUGGCCAACUACGAGUUUUUCAGCUCAAUUUUCCGUACCUUCAAAGUUAGUGUCUCGGAUCGUUAUCCUCCAAAACAACCUGAUAUGUGGAAGGAUCUGGGUACGUAUGAAGCUGUCAAUACACGAGAGGUCCAAGCCUUCGCAGUUGAGAACCCUCUCAUAUGGGCAAGAUACGUGAAAAUUGAAUUUUUGAGUCAUUACGGCAACGAGUUUUACUGCCCUGUUAGUUUGAUUCGGGUUCAUGGCACGACUAUGUUGGAGGAAUACAAGAACGAAGGAGAAGCCGGUCGGUUGGAGGAAAAUACAGCCCAGAUACAGGCCGAUGCUGCGUCAGAGCGAGCACGGGAUAAUUCAAUCGUUGGUAAUCAGAGCAACAUUGCCGAUGCAGAGGGUACGAAAUCGGAAAUGGUAGACGAGCUUGAUGUGAGACCAACUCGUGUUCAAAAACUACAGGAUAUUUGUACAUUGAGAAAGACCAGCAUUGAGAGAUUCUCGUUACAAGCUAAGAUGUGUGCUAUCAAGGAGGGACCUCGCGCAAUGAACAGAUCAGUCAAUUCGGUUCAGCCAGAUUCCGUCAAGCCUGCUGGUCCCAUCAAGAUGACAGGCAAUGGUUUACCGGCGAAUCUUACUGCUGAAGUAUCUUCAAAUAAUGUUAACUCGACAGUUACUGCCACACCUACUGAAACCGACACCCGCGCCCAAAAUCCAACGCAAGAGUCUCAAAAUGAGGCAUCUUCCAGUGCACCCAACAAAGCUGGACACGAUCCUUCGACAGAGUCACUCAAACCCUCCACUACCGUUCAACCACCUCCAUCCAACCCCACAACCCAGGAAUCUUUCUUCAAAUCCGUUAACAAACGUCUUCACAUGUUGGAAACCAAUUCCUCACUCUCCUUGCAAUACAUUGAAGAGCAGUCACGAAUCCUCCGAGACGCAUUCAACAAAGUAGAAAAGCGCCAACUAGCAAAAACCUCCACCUUCCUCGAAAAUCUAAAUACAACAGUCCUGCACGAACUCCAAGAAUUUCGUCACCAAUACGACCAAGUCUGGCACUCCGUCGCUACCGAAUUCGAACAGCAACGGCGACAGUACCACCAAGAAGUUUUUGCAUUAAGUACCCAGCUUGGCAUCCUUGCCGACGAGCUUGUCUUCCAGAAACGAAUUUCAAUCAUCCAAAGCGUCUUCGUCGUCAUCUGUUUCGGCCUCGUCCUCUUCUCCCGCAGCAACGCACUAGGAAGCGUCGCCAGCUACCUUGAACUUCCCCGCGUUCACAGUAUUGUCUCUCGUUCUCCAAGCUUCCGUUUCUCAUCUUCCUCGUUCGAUGUGCCCUCAAGAAACCCGGACUCACGCGUUACCCCACCCUACGGGGUCAAAGGUGCUCGUGGUCACAGGCGAACUGACUUCACGGAGUCCAGGGAAGAGAUGGAAGAGUUGACGGCGAACCCCAACAUCGCGUAUUCUCCACCUACACCCACAUCUGAUAGCGAGGGGCCUGGCUCUGCUCACCGCCAGCGUUCGGAAAGGUCAAAUUCAACAUCAUCAAGCAACUUCACUGUAUCUCCACCCGCCCCGUUUCUCAGGUCUGAGAGCAGUCCGCCAGAUUUAGGUGGUCAUGAUGAAGGGCCUGAUGUAGAUUCGUUCUCUGGGGCUCAGCGGGUGUGUUCUUGA